AUGCAAGCUGCAACUCUUUGCCUUGAUGAUGUUGUGUCCCAUCUUGCUCAAUAUGCCCCCAGUAACGAUUCUAUGAAUAUUCGCUAUGGAACCGCUGGGUUUCGUUCAAAAAGUCAUUUACUACAUGGUGUCUGCAUUCGUGCGGGAAAAGGUGAAGCCGUCGGCGUUAUGGUUACAGCUUCACAUAAUCACUAUGAAGAUAAUGGCAUAAAGAUUAUAGAUAAUGGUGGGGAGAUGUUGGAAAUUGCAUGGGAAAAGAUUUGUGAAGAUUUAGUCACUUGCCCCAGUGACCGCUUGAAAGCUUGGUUUCUUUCGCACUGGAAAAAAUUUCCUAUUCAGUCGCCUGUCGAGCCCUGUGUGUAUAUUGGUUGGGACACGAGACCGUCUUCUCCUGCGUUGGCAAAAGAGGUUGAUUCCGGAGCACGCCUUCUGAGAGCAAAGUGUAUAAAUUUGGGUAUAGUUACUACCCCUCAACUACAUUACUCCGUACAUUUGCAUGUGAGUCGUCACGAUAUCUGGGACGCUAUUGUUCAUCAUUACCCAUUGGAAAAUUCAUUUGCAAGUGGUAGAUAUUAG